GGCAGCUGGGGUCCCGCCUGAGACCCUGAAUCAGAGACACAGGAGCUGGAGAACUGAACCCAGGCAGAGGAGAGGGAAGGAGAAAACUGGGAGUGGAGGAAAGAAAUGGUGGAGAUGGGUAUUAAACAGAGGUGACUGGCAGACAGAAAACGCAAAGCAAACAUCACAUCAAGAUAUGUUAAAGGCACUGAAUUCAUCAGGACCUGAAUAUCAUCAGUUUUUGAAUGUGGAAGGAGAAAUGUUUGUCUGUUCUGUCUUUGGGAAAAGCUUUCAAACAUCCGUGUGACUGGAAAAGCACCAACACACACACACCUGAGUGAGAGUACUCCAGUGAACUGACUUUGGAAAAAACUUUAAGCAGUUACACAGUCUGCAAAAAUAUGGCACCAUUCACAGUGGGGAGAAACUGUUCACUUGUGUGUGGACAAGGCUUCAACUAAGCGUCCAACCUGGAGAGAGACAAGGACCUCCAUACUAUGGAGAAACCAUGGAAAUGUAUGGACUGUGGGAAGGGAUUCAAUUUCCCAUCCCAACUGGAAGUUCAUCGGCGCAGUCAUACUGGGGAGAGACCGUUCACCUGCUCCAUCUGUGGGAAGGGAUUCACCCAUUUGUACAACCUUCAGACACACCAGCGAGUUCACACUGAGGAGAGGCCAUUCACCUGCCCUGUGUGUGGGAAGGACUUCACUCGGUCAUCUCACAUUGUGACACACCAACUUGUUCACACUGAUAAGAGACCGUUUACAUGUUCUGACUGUGAGAAGAGUUUUAAAUGCAGAAAAGAUCUGCUGAUACAUCAACGUAUUCAUACGGGGGAGAGGCCGUUCACCUGCUCUGUGUGUGGGAAGGGAUUCACUCAAUCAUCCCACCUUCUGACACAUCAACUUGUUCACUCUGACAACAAAUUUUUUAAUUGUUCUGAUUGUGACAAGAGCUUUAAAAGCAAAAAAGAUCUGCUAACACAUCGAUAUACUCACACUGGGGAGAGGCCAUUCACCUGCUCUGACUGUGGGAAGGGAUUCAGCCGUCCGUCUGCCCUACUGAAUCACCAGCGAAUUCACACUGGGGAGAGGCCGUUCACCUGCUCCGACUGUGGGAAGGGCUUCAUUAAUUCAUCCAACCUUCUGAUACACCAGCAACUUCACACGGGGGAUAGACCGUUCACCUGUUCUGACUGUGGGAAGGGAUUCACCCGUUCAUCUAACCUUCUGACACACCAACAGGUUCACACGAAGGAGAGACCAUUCACUUGCUCCGUGUGUGGGAAGGGAUUCACCCGGUCAUCCAACCUAUUGAAUCACCAGCGAGUACACACUGGAGAGAGGCCGUUCACCUGCUCUGUGUGUGGGAAGGGAUUCACUCAGUUAUCCAACCUGCUGACACACCAGAGCAUUCACAGUGGGGAGAGGCCAUUUACCUGCUCUGUGUGUGGGAAGAGAUUUUCUCAUUCAUCCUAUCUGCUGAAACACCAGCGAGUUCACAGUGGGGAGAGGCCAUUCACCUGUAAUGCCUGCGGAACGGCAUUCACUCAGUCAUCACACCUGCGAACACACCAGUGGGUUCACAAGCGACAGCAAGGUUUGGAUUCUACUCCUGUUGAUGCUGUUAAUCAUAUCAGGACUGAACCAUGUUCAUUCUGACUGUCCUGACCUGUUGAUGAGGUUCAAUAUUCUGAAUAAAUUUGAAAUAAAUCAGCUUUGUUUGUAGACUUUUGUUUUUCCCCACCUGAGUGUUUAACAUCACCUGGCUGGAGUCAAAAAGGACAAUCUGGGGGAGGAUCUUACGGUAGGAACAGAACUUCAGCCUGGACACAGUCCAUCAGGGUCACACUGAGGGACCCCCCCAAACAACAUUUUGGUUUUUCUCAUCAUUUUUCACUAACAGCACAAUCCUCAUGUGGGUGAAUCCUGAGGUGUGUAAGAAAUGUGUCUCAGCUGCUCUCUUCCAUGGUUCAGAGCUCCUAGACACGGAACUCUUUUACAAUUGGCUUUAGAGUCAGGAAGAACAAUGGUGAAUGCUGGAAACGUGCUGUCAAAUGAAAGGUUGGUGUAAAAUUGU